AUGUCCUUACCAAUUACUAUGAAAGCCGUUGUUAUUGAAGGUGACAAACCUGUUGUCAAGGAUAAUGUCCCUUUGCCAGAAUUGGAAAAUGGUUUCAUGUUAGUCAAACCAAAAGCUGUUGCCGGCAAUCCAACAGAUUGGAAACAUAUAUCCUAUAAAAUAGGUCCCCAAGGUUCAAUUUUAGGUUGUGAUGUGGCUGGUGAGAUUGUCAAAUUAGGCCCUGGUGUAGAUUCAAACGUAUUCCAUGUUGGUGAUUAUGUAUAUGGGUUUGUGCAUGGUGCUUCUGUAAGAUUUCCAACAAAUGGUGCAUUCGCUCAAUAUGUGGCUUUAGAUUCUGGUAUUGCCUACAAGGCUCCCAAAACUAUGACAUUGAGCGGUCAGGAAAGAAUCCCUGAAGGCCCAGUCACAACUUUCGAGGCUGCAGCUUCUUUACCUGUCUCCAUUACCACUGCUGGUGUAGCACUACACCGUGAAUUUGGAUUAAAACUAGAUUACACUGGUGCAAAACCACAAAGAGAUUUUCCGGUCUUGUUCUGGGGUGGUGCCACUGGGGUUGGUCAACAUCUAAUUCAAAUUGCAAAACAAAUUAACGGUUAUUCGAAGAUUAUCGUAGUGGCCUCUAAAAAACACGAACAAAUAUUAAAGGAAUAUGGUGCUGAUGAAUUAUUUGACUACCAUGAUGAAAACGUAAUUGAACAAAUUAAGAGCAAAUAUCCAAAUAUUCAACAUCUAGUCGACUGUGUGUCCAACACCACCACUAUUCAACAAACUUAUAAAUGUGCAUCCGAAGAUCAUGAUGCAACUAUUUUACAACUAGUCACGCUUUCUAUAAAUGAUAUUAAGCCAGAAGACAGAAGAAACAAUAAAAAGAUCAUUGGUACUUUACUAUAUAAAGCUGGGGGUCACGAUGUCCCAUUUGGAAGCUUCACUUUACCAGCCGACCCUGAAUAUAGAAAGGAUACCCAUGAAGUCAUAAAAUUCUUGAAUCCAAAGUUAGACAAAGGUGAUAUUCAUCAUAUCCCAAUUAAGGUGUACUCAAAUGGAUUAUGUGAUAUCCCACAAAUCAUGGAUGAUAUUAAGAAUAAUAGAAACUCUGGUGAAAAAUUAGUUGCUGUUUUUAAAUAG